AUGACAGCAGCCCAUCAUGUCAUUCGUAUUGAAGGCUCUGGUUGUCAUUCCCAUUUAGCCGCUCCAAUUCCAACGCUUCCCCCGGACUUUGCGGAGCCUUCCUUCCCACGGCCUGGCGACUUGGGAGGACCUCUAGUAAUCUUCAAUGAAACCGAU